UUCGCUGCGUGGGCUACGGUGGUCAAGGACUCGGAGGUGGAGCCGUCUGGCCGAGGGCCUCUCCUCCCACGGAUGCCCGCUCGUCCACCCGUUCGCUGACCUAAUUCGCUCGCUGACCUGGUUCCCGGGCCGCUUCGCGCCCUCCCUGUGCGUGUCGUAGGACGUGUUUGUGUUUUCCCGCGGCCGCCAGUCUCUGCUGGGGACUUGCUUGAAGCAAGGAGCAGGGGUCGUUUCAUCCUGUGCCGCAGCCUCUCGUGGUUUGGCUCACAGCCGGCGCAGGCUCUUGCCUUCUGUUUUUGUUUUUGUUUUUUUGCGACUUUAAAUAGCAGUUAUUAUGUUCCAGAUUUUGGGAUUUCUAGGAGAAAAGAUCAAAAAGGCAUCAUCGAGCAUAGACUCUUUUCCUGAAUAGUUAAGCCUAAAAUGGCCACAGCCUUGGCCCUUCAGACUCCAGAGAUGCAGGAGGGACAUCUGGCAGUAAAGGUAGAAGAACAAGAGGGGGAUAACCCUCAUACAAGAGAGAUCUUCCGUAGACGCUUCAGGCAGUUCUGCUACCAGGAGACCCCUGGGCCCCGAGAGGCCCUCACCCGGCUCCAGGAGCUGUGCCGACACUGGCUGCGCCCCGAGACCCACAGCAAGGAGCAGAUCCUGGAGCUGCUGGUGCUGGAGCAGUUCCUGACCAUCCUGCCUGAGGAGCUCCAGGCCUGGGUGCGGGAGCAGCACCCUGAGAGCGGGGAUGAGGUGGUGGCCGUGCUGGAGGACCUGGAGAGGGAGCUGGAUGAGCCAGGAGAACAGGUGGAAGAUAGGAAAACAGAGGUCCCAACCUAUGUCUGUGAACAGGGAGAGUUUGUGAAGGAGAAAGCAUCCCGGGGAACAGCCCACGAGUUGUCAGGUGGCCGGCUCCAAACCUUGGAAGAGCUGCAUCAGUGCAAUUCUCGAGAGAUGUGCCCGGUUCAGGAGAUCGGUGAUGGGGCUGGGACUUGGAAUGUGGAGUUAGCCCCAAAGAGGGAGCUUUCUAAAGAAAUGAAAUCUCUUGUGGAAGCACCUGAAAAAUCGAAUGGUGAUAUUAUUCAGACGCCUGAAUGUGGAGACACCUGUGACCAUGAGGGCAGAUUGGAAAGGCAGCGGGUGAGCUCUUCAGUGGAGAGACCCUAUAUCUGUGGUGAAUGUGGGAAGAGCUUCACCCAGAAUUCCAUCCUUAUCGAGCACCAGAGAACACACACAGGCGAGAAGCCCUACGAGUGCGAGGAGUGUGGACGGGCCUUUGGGCAGCGGUCAGGCCUGUUUCAGCACCAGAGACUCCACACUGGGGAGAAGCGCUACCAGUGCAGCAUCUGUGGCAAAGCUUUCAGCCAGAAUGCGGGGCUUUUCCAUCACCUCCGGAUCCACACGGGGGAGAAGCCCUUCCAGUGUGGUCAGUGCAGUAAGAGCUUUAGUCGACGCUCCGUCCUCAGUAAGCAUCAAAGGAUUCACUCUGGGGAGAGGCCUUACGAAUGUGAAGAAUGUGGCAAGAACUUCAUUUAUCAAUGCAACCUCAUUCAGCACCGGAAAGUGCACCCUCUGCUGAGUCCAGCCAGCCCCUUGGAACAGGUAGGGCAACAUUUCCUGACAUCAGACCACAGAGGCGGCGAGGAGCCGGCGGAGGCGCGCUCGGGGGUCGUGACGCACUUCCGGUCUUGCGGGCGCCGCUGUCCCAGGGUGCCCCUUCCGUCGCGGGUGCGGGCGUGGGCGGGAGGCUGGUUCUCUGCCCGCAGGCAGGAUGGCUAUAGCCUGGACCCACAAGACCUGGGCAGCCUUGGCGGACACAGGCGCUGCGCAGCGCUGGUGUGGUCCGCAGGUGGUGUUUUUGCCGGAGUACUAGUGAAAAAUCCUGGGGGAAUGAUCGUGGGAUUGCACGUAGUGCAGGGGAGGCUCUCACUGAAAUACGGCAGCGUGACCUGCAUAAUGUCGAGGGGCCGAGGGCAGCGCCUCGUGAGAUCCUAUGGCCAAGAACGGGUCCACAAGCAGUGCAGCCGCCUUGCAGAAGAGACCAGGCCGAGGGCUGCAGCUGUGCCAGUUAUGCUCAUCAGUAUGCUGGCACUAUCUAGGCACCCGGUGAACUGUGGCAUCCACGGAUUUCUUCAGACGAAACUUAAGGCAGUUCUGCUGGGAGGAUUCUUCUGGGCCUCAGAAGGCCAACUCCAGACCCUCUGCUGUCAGUGGCUGAGACCAGAGUUGCACAGCAAGGAGCAGGGCUUGGACUUUCUGGAGCCAGGGCUACUGACCACCCUGUGGGAGAGCUCCCAGCCCAGGUGCAGGAGCAGCCCAGGGGAUAGGGAGGAGGCUGUUGCUGGACUUGGAAGGCUUGUCCAGGAAGCUGGAUCAUCCCAGACAAAGGUCCUCCUGCAGCGACAGGAAGGGACCCAGGGGCAAACAGCUUAUGUGGCAGCAGCACAGGACUCACCCCAGAGUUGGCUCCAGCCAGAAUGGGUCAGCUCACUUCUGAACCUUGGGAGCUGCACCCUGUUCAGGAGAAAGUCUGUUCUUAAAUCUCUUGUAAUCAGAGCAUUUCCCCGAGUAUCGUCAAUUAACCUGGAGGAGGCUUUCAAAGCACAAAGUAAAUUGUUAGAGUUUGCCAUUUUUGCCUGUGGUGUAGCCUGUGUUAGAAGGGAUGGCUUCUCCCUCGGGUCGGCUCAGGACGAACUUGACCAGGGAUUCUUGCCAAAAGCGUUGACAAAGCUUUUGAAGACAGACACGAUGGCAUCUACUUGGGCAGCCCAGGCCCACGAGGACCCGGAUGAGCUUUUGGAAGUAAAGAUCGAGGAAGAGGAAAAGGAGUGUAAGGAUACCACCACACGGGAUCAGAACCUGCAGAAGAACAACACCCACAGCAGAGAAGUCUUCCGGCAGUACUUUAGGCAGUUAUGCUACCGGGAAACAUCUGGGCCCCGCGAGGCCCUGAGCCGGCUCCGGGAGCUCUGCCACCAGUGGCUGCGCCCUGAGACCGACAGCAAGGAGCAGAUCCUGUUGCUGCUAGUUCUGGAGCAGUUCCUGACCAUCCUGCCCGAGGAACUCCAGGCCUGGGUGCGGGAGCAGCACCCUGAGAGUGGGGAGGAGGUGGUGACCGUGCUGGAGGACCUGGAGAGGGAGCUGGAUGAGCCCAGAGAACAGGUCUUGGUCCACACUGAGGAACAGGAAAAGCCCUUGCAGGACAUGGGCCCUCUGGGGACAGAGCAGGAGCCCAGCACGUCCCUUCCACCCCUGACGGUGCAACUAAAAUUUGAGUCUCUGGAACCUGAAGCCCAACCAGAGGAGCAAGUUUCAGGUGUUGAGACUGGAAAGGAGUACAGGAAUUUAAAGCAAGAAGUUUCUGAAGAAAUGGAACCAUGUGGGAAUAUGUUUAGGUUUGAAAGUGAAGUAUUCUGGUCCACUCGAUACAGAAAAGUUAAUGAAUCUGCAGCAAAAGCAGAAGAGUCUUCUGGACACUCCAGGGAAGGUGAACAAUCUACAGGUGAUGAAAACAGAGUCAGUUUGGCUGGACAGCAGAUGGUCUAUCUGGGAGAAAAACCUCACGAGUGUGAGGAAUGUGGGAAAGGCUUUAGUCAGCACUUGCACCUCGUAGAGCAUCAGAGGGUCCAUACUGGGGACAGGCCCUACAAAUGCGAGGAAUGUGGAAAAACUUUCCGUGGGAGAACUGUACUUAUUCGGCACAAAAUAAUACACACUGGAGAGAAACCAUACAAAUGCAAUGAAUGUGGCAAAGCCUUUGGCCAGUGGUCAGCUCUUAACCAACAUCAGGGGCUUCACACAGGAGAGAAGCACUAUCACUGUAAUUAAUGUGGCAAAGCCUUCAGCCAGAAAGCAGGCCUCUUUCACCAUCUCAAGAUCCACACAAGAGACAAACCAUACCAUUGUACUCAGUGUAAUAAAAGUUUCAGUUGGCGCUCGAUACUUACUCAACAUCAAGGAGUUCACACUGGGGCGAAGCCCUAUGCGUGCAGCAAGUGUGGAAAGGCCUUUGUUUAUAACUCAUCCCUCAUUUCCCACCAGGAGAUCCACCACAAAGAAAAGUGCCAUCAGUGUAAGGAAUGUGGGAAAUCCUUCAGUCAGAGUGGCCUUGCUCAGCAUCAGAGGAUCCACACUGGGGAGAAACCCUACAAGUGUGAUGUAUGUGGAAAAGCCUUUAUUCAGAGGACAAGUCUUAGAGAACAUCAGCGAAUUCACACUGGGGAGAGACCUUAUAAAUGUGAUAAGUUCGGGAAGGCCUUUACUCAAAGGUCAGUCCUCACAGAACAUCAGAGAAUCCACACUGGAGAGAGGCCCUACAAGUGUGAUGAGUGUGGGAAUGCCUUCCGAGGAAUAACCAGCCUCAUUCAGCAUCAGAGAAUCCACACUGGGGAGAAACCCUACCAAUGUGAUGAAUGUGGCAAAGCCUUCAGGCAAAAGUCAGAUCUUAGUAAACACCAGAGAAUCCAUAACAGAGGUGGUCCCUGUAAAUUUAAAGAGUGUAGGGAAUCCUUCAGGCAAACUUCAGCUCUAAUUCAACAUCAGAUUAUCCACAGAGGAAAAAAAUCUGUUUCUGUAUGACAACUAUAGGGAAACUGUCUCACAAUGGAGGCUGGAGAGAAAUACUAGCUUUCAAAUCCUUUAGGGCAAAACGUCAGUCACUUGCUAAAAGGAAACCUCAGAUAUUUUACAAAGAAUUCACUGUGUGCUGCCCAUUCUCUCAGGUGCUGUGGAGAACAAGACGCAGAACACCAAAUUAUCCUUCUCAAAAGUUUUACAAUUUAGUUUGGGAUUUCUUAAGAUUCACGUGUGAGGUUAGAUCAUCAAAUGGCAGCAGGGCAGGAGGAUUGAUGAGUCCUGUAUCUUUGAAGUGGCACCUGGCACACAGUAAAUGCUACCAAUUCUGGAGGACAGAUCACUGAUGCCUAAGCAGGUCAAGAAGGAUUCUAUGGAUGAUGAGGGUUAGAUGGGCAGAUUUGGAAAGCAAAACGGGAAACAUUUAGGGUAAAGGAGAUGUAAGCAGAGGCAAGAGUGCUCAUGGUUUGGAAGCAUCCAUGCCAACCUGAGGUAGACCAGCUUCAGUUGGACAGUUGAUGGCAGUAAGCUGGAAACAGAACUUGGGGACAGAUUGGGAGGGCGAAAGAGCCUCUUAACCAAAGGCACUUACAGAACACUCUUAAUGAAUUCCUAAAAUAUCUCUGUAAAUUAAAAUUCUUCUCCUUUUUUUUUUUAAGGAUUUAUUUAUUCAUGAGAGAGGCAGAGACACAGGCAGAGGGAGGGGCAGGUUCCCUGUUGGGAACCCGAUGUGGGACUCAAUCCUGGGUCCCUGGGAUCAUGCCCUGAACCAAAGGCAGAUGCUCAACUGCUGAGCCACCCAGGCAUCCCAACAUUUCUCUCCUUCUUAAAAGCAAGGCUACCCUUGCUUAUGGAGAUGGUGACAUAGCCCUAACAUCACACAAAGGGAAAGGCCAGCCCCUGAAGCCUGGGUCUCUGACUUCAGGUCCUAUCCGUUGCUCUAGGGAUUCCUCUGAGCAUCGGAAUCACCCAUGGAGCUUGUUGAAAUGCCUGUAUCCCACUCACAGACAUUCUGCUUCAUUAAGUCUGGAAUGAGGGCCAAGAAUCUUCAUUUGUAUAGCUCUGUGGUCACCUGAUUGUAAAUCUGAGAAACAUUGCAUUGAAUCCCAGCUCCCUUCAUGGUUGCCUGUGGAGUGAUUAUGCCUAGAAACAAUCUGUGUAAACAGGGACCCAUGCAGAUUUGAGGCAUAAAGAAAGCCAGGUGCUACCAGUGCUUUAGUGGACAGGGAACUAGACCACUUUCCAGCCCCUAGGGCUUCAGAAUGGCCUUCCUACUGUUUCAAACUUAAGGCUUUCAAAAUAGACUAACCUACAUUUGAAGGCUUCCAGGGGUCAUCUGAGCACACGGCUGUGUAUGUUUAGUUAAGGGAGGGUGCUAGAGUUCUGUUUUACUCCUAACCUCUCUUUUUACCCAACUAUAUAGUUCUCACGUUCUGAAUUCCCUAAUAAGUGCUCUCUAGAACUAGUUUACAAUUUUUUGAUCUAUAUACCUUUUUGAGCACAUGAAAGAGCCAAAGAUUGGUGACUUUGUCCCUUGGGACUUGUGAAAACACAGAUCAACUGAUAACUGGUUAACUUUACUCCUGUAUUACUGAGUAAAUAGUUAUGUCCUAAUGAAGGCCUAUGAUUAUUGUUGUGGAUAAUAGGCAGCCAUGUAGAGGCAUGUAUGGCUCCUGGUCUUUUUAUUUUUACCAUUUUUUUAAACUUUCUUUUUAAAUAAAUUUUUAAAUUUAUUUGACAGCACAAACAGGUCAAGUGGCAGGCAGAGAGACAUGGAAAAGCAGACUCCCCGCUGAGCAGGGAGCCUGAUGUGGGGCUGAGGCUCAAUCCCAGAAUCCUGGGAUCAUGACCCAAGCUGAAGGCAGAUGCUUAAGUGAGACACUGAGGCACCCCUGUUUAUCUUUCUAUUUACAGAGACUAUAACCUUCACUGAGCUGUCUCCCCUUAUUUCCUUCCCUUUCUACCUUGCCAUGGCGGACUACAAUUUCUGGGGCUACCUCCUCACCCCACCUUAUCCCAUGUGGCUCCAGGAUCCUCUCCACCCCUCACCUCUAGCUGGUUAGUGGGCUUGAAGUGGUAAGAUAGUGACAGAAGGGGGUGGUGAAAGACAAGGGUAACUAUCCUUUGGCUACUCCUAUCUCCCAUUGCAUCCAGCCCUGUGUCUUUAUCCCAUUUCCUCCCUGCUCCUGUAAUGUACUUGGUGUCCUUUCCCAGUGGCCCCUUUCUCUUGCCCCUCUAUCCACAGUCCUUUACAGAAAAUAAGCAUAUCAUCACUGACUUGGAACCAGAAGAGUCUCUGGAGAAAUAGAUAUGUAGCUUCUAAACUUGUAGGUGUGAGCACAUUUUCCUAUAAAAAUAAUAAUGGUAUCACUACUAUAAUUUAGGCAUAUUAUGUAUCACAUUUGCUUUUGGGAUUGGAAUUUACAUGACUGGGAAAACAUCCUGAGUUCACAAUAGGGGAAAGCAAAUGAACAUUUGAAAAACAACUCAAUCAUAAGUUGAAAACUCUUUAGGGUGUUUAUCCUACGACCAGCAUUGGUGCUGAGCCCAUGAGACACUGAAGCCACCAGGGCCGGACACCUAAUUUUUUUACAUCCAGAAAUCAGUUUGUUGCCCCGAGUGAGCCUGAGUGUACUCAGCCGUAUGCUCCUGUUCCCCAGCUCACCCUGCCAUGUGUCUCUCACUCUCCUGCAAGUUCUCUGCUACUCAGUGAUGAGAACCCACGCACGCCUUUCCUCUAUACCAGCUGAUGCUAUCUGUCCUUGCCAUCAGAUCUGGUUUCAGACACGGUGUCCAAACUGAAGUUACUCUUCAUAGUCCCUUCGAGCCUCUCUCAUAAUCUUACUAUUUACUGGAACUCAAUUCUUAUUUUCUGUUUGCAGUGCUAUUACUUGCAGGUUGUGCAGUUCAUCUGCUUAACACGUUCUUUCAACGCAGACACAUCCUCCAUCUGCCUCUGAUGUCCUUAACUGCCUAACAUAAAGGAGCUAUAGACAGAGACCCAGAGCAGCAGGAUGUACCCCUUCAAUAGGAUACAGUUCAUCACUGGUUUAAAAGUGAAGGUGGGGGCUUUGUUCUGAUCGCUUCUUGCACUUGUAUAUAGUUGCAGAACCAAGAAAGGGUGGGAUGGCAUGGAAUUUCCAAGUAGGCAUCAGAGGGGUCAAACUAUCCAGGAUAAGGAGAAAAUAGAGUGGAAUAAUGCCAGCUAAACUGGCAACACAGAAGGCGAAGGCCCUGAGGGGCAAGUGGGGGACAUGACGGGUUAGAGAUGAAACUGGGGAAUGUGGUGAACAGAGUGCCCCAUGACGAAGUCCAGAGUAUAUCUUUAUGGAUAAAAGGUAGACAUGCUAUAACCGUGACAGCAUCUAGAAAUUAGGGUCCUUUGGAGUAGCUUACCUUUGUGGAUUUUGAAAUCAUCAACAAUAACAGGCGGUAGGAUGGAAAAGAAAAAUGUGAAAUUGAAGCAAGUCCAAGGUAGAAAUAAGGUCAGUCGAGAAUAGUAACAUAACAGCCAGGUUGAAGAACUGGUGUAACAUUCAAAUGAUGAAUCAUGAAGUGGUGGCUUAGAAAUAAGGAUGAGUGAGAUUGCCUGGCUUUUCUAAUUGAUUCAGGGUAAACAAGAUAUUGAGUGUUUAAGACAAAAAAAGAAAAAAAAACUUGGAGAGAUUGGGGGAGAAUCAAAGUACUAAAACAGUGAAAAGGGGGCUUUAAAUGAAAAGUAACCUGACAAACGGGGUCCAGGAUUUAAUGGAAAGGGACAAAGGGAUGAAAGCUGGGGCCCCCCUCAAAAAAAAAAACCCCGUUGUAUGAAGAGGUUGCUGGAAUUUUAGGUGGGAAAUAAAGCUAAUGAGGAAGCAGAAUGGAAUUGAGUAGGGCUCUUAAUUGAGAAUGUCUAUUGUGUGGUGAGGCCAGCUGUAGAGAGCAUGAAGAUCCAAGAAGAGCAGCUCUGUACUCCUGUGCUCUGAACAGAUCCCUUAUUGGCUAUCUUUGCAAGUCAAGAAAAGGAUUUGUUAAUGCCUAACAUUAAUGGCUUACCAAGGGCCAGACACUACUAUGUGCUUUAUUUUUAGCUGGGGAAACUGAAAUCAAAGCCAUCUGAGGUCACAAAAUUAUUGUGUGGUGGAGCCAAGCUUUGAACCCAAGCAGCCCAAUUCCAGAGCCCACACUUCCUGUUUACUUCAGUUGAGGGAACCCUGUGUUGCAGUGGUAAUCAGUGUCUCUAGUAAUGAUCUGUGUGGAAACUUUCUUACUCUUGUCAUUAUUCUGAAAGAUAUGUUAGAAACCCCAGAGUCCUAGGUCUAAACACCCAAGGUAAUAUCACCACCCUCUUUGCACACCAAAUCUUGAAUGAGGUUUGGUCAGCCUAACAUGAACCCCAAUUCUUGUUGCCUACCCAAGGAGGGUGUCCACAGGAGACAUUCCACUAAAAGAGGGCUCUCUAUAUGUUUAUAGGAAGGGAUCACCCUCCAUUCUGACAGAAUUCAGGGUAUUUGGCAGUUUUCACUAAUACAAAUGAUAAAGAUUUAGAUGUCCCAUUAUGGGUCUAUCCAAUAACCCAUAUGGAUCUACCCUUGAUGAGGGUUUUAUAUUUGUAGCUAACACCACUUCUAAGAUUGAAGGAAACAUAAGUAUAUAAAAUAGUUUUUUCAGGUGUCUCUCCUGGCACCACAAGCCCAGAAUUUGAGCAACAAGUUGUCCUAUUCCUCUUAGGGAUUAUCAUUUGAUAACCUUUAAUUAAAUAUUCUCAACUUUUGUCCUUUCACACUUAAAAGUUCUCAUACCACAGUCUCUAGCAGUUCAUUUUAUUGGAAAUUUCUUUGGAUUCUCUCUCAUUCCAAAUGUUUUUGGGGGUAAUUGGUAAGGAGUCCUUGCACAUUUAUUACUCAUGUAUAGUUUUUUUGUGUAUAUAUAGAGAGGAUAUAUGUAUGAAUGUAUUUUAUAAAAAAAUGUUGUAUGUAGGCUUUAGACGUAAUUUGAUUUUGACAAAGCCAAAUAAGUAAAGUCAGUUGAGUAACUCCUUAGCUCACAUGGUAAGACCAUCAUUGAAAGCCAGCAGUUUUCAUAUUGGAAACCACUGACUCCCGGGUCUGAAAACCCAUUGGCUCCCAGAGCUUUCAGCCAACACAGUUGAAAGUGGUCUUUGGGGGAUGCAUGUUUGUUCCACCAGUCAUCUUACCCGGAAUGGCCUGGUCCAGGCUAUCCCAAGAAGGACCUCAAAGUGGGGGUCAUUUGUCCCUUGUGAUUUAUGGUUAGGAUUUUAUUCAUUCCUCUAUAAGCUUGAUACGUAUAUUUCACUUUCAUCUACUGCAUCAGUUGUGCCUACUUGAAAAAUAUUUAGGAGUGGGCAUCUCACCAUCUCAUACCCGCUAACGGACCUGGCAGUGUAGGUACUAGUUUUCCAGGCAUACUAAGUGAAUUCGGGCAGACCGAUGGCUAUCCUUGUGUCAGUGUCUCCAUAGGGAAAGUGGCAGUACUAGCCGCCACGUGAUUGGGCCGGUACAUGAGUCGCUGGGUUCUGUAGACCGUGCUGAGAACAGUGCUUGGCGCUCUGAGGUUCUUAACAGCCAUCUGCUGCUGCUGCGUUCCCGUGGGCGCUCCAACCGCGGGCACCAGUCGUCUGUGGCCACUGCAGGAUUCCCGGGCCAACUGCCUGCUGCGGCUCCCUCAGGACCCAUCUCACUCAGGCUGACGAAGAGAGGGCUCCCCGCCCUGUCUCCGCCCCUGCUCGUUAUCUCAGUAUAGCCCGGGUUAGCGACGUUUGUCCUGGGAGGGUGGGCCCCCUCAUCUGCCCUUGCCGCAGGGAUGUUUGGCAGGGCGGGGACAGCCAAGGCAAUCACCGAGAGGAGGAAGCCUCCAGGUUCCUAGGGGAGAUCCACGGCAGUGCAGGAGGAGAGGAGGCACGCUGGGGUGGGAGUGUGUCCGACAAUGGAGAGCUGCAUGGGAGGGUCAAGGAUGGCUUCCGAGUUGUGAGGUGUAUUAGGAUACCUGGGUUGUUAGGAGGAGGAAAGUCUGGGGCCCGGCUCUUGUGAAAGCAAAAUUGGGUUGGUCGGGAGAUGAUCCGCCUCAUGACUCUCCCUAGAGUAUAGGUGACGCUGGAGUGCGAGAAAGGAUUAGGAUGGUUGUGUGCUGUAUUGAGUGAUUCAAUCUCUACCAUGGUGUCUCAACUGUCUGUGGGAUUAUGAUAUUAUCUACUUAAAUGAGUAAAUUUGUAGUCACUUUUAAAUAUUAGCUGUUAUUUCAUUUCUGAUGUUGUUUUCUUUACUGUUUAUUUGGGAUUCUCUAAAAGGGAGAACCCAGGAGAAGAGGGUCAUGGUCUUUCAAGCUUUAUUAACAUUUAGGAAGUAAGAUUUUAGUACUUAGUGUUGGUGCUAGCUAAUAAUUUGCAAAGUCACUCCCACUCUCCUAAUUUAUUUCGCUUCCUGACAGUUCCUUUUUCCUUCAGUGCCUUGUCUCCUAAGUGAGCUCUUGAGGAAAAGAACUUAAAAUUGAGAGUUUCUGUUAACAGUGUUACUUUGUUCCUUGUAGUUGUUUGUUACUAACUACAAGGAAAUACUUCUGAAGAACCAGUGUGAACUCGAGGCUGGAGUGAAUCUUCUGAGCGCUCUCCUCUCAGAAUGGCGGUCCUCCUGUGCAAAGGUCCCUACUAGUGACUGAUGGCAGAGGGAGAGGGCUAUGCCUGGGAUCGUGCUGGCAGAGAAAUCAUGGACAUCCCUUCAGACUUGAAGUUGCUACUACCAAGAGGCAGCUACCUGGGCUCCAAGGGCUGUCAGAAGUCUCAGAGCUUUGCCUACAGUUGCUGAGAUCAGAAACAGACCAAGGAGCAAGUGCUGAAGCAGAUCCUGACACCUACUGGGGAGCUGCAGACUCAGGAAGGGAUAAUAUCCAGAAUGUGGAGAAGAGACAUCGCUGAUGCUGGAGAAGUUGGAGACAGCUUGGAGGAAGAGCCAUCAGAUGGUGUUACUGAGAAUGAAAAUAAGGACUUGUCUCCAACAAAAAAAUUAUGAAGAUGCUAAAUCAUGUGGUAGUUCUAUCUCUGUAGAACUGCAACACCUAUGCAGUAAGUGUAGUAAAAGAUUUAGUAACUGGUGAGUCCUUACUCGACAUCAGGGAGUCCAAAUGACAAAGAGAAUCUCUUGGAGAACAAGUUUGGAAAGGCUUUUGUUUAUGGCGGGUCCCUCUUUUCCCACCAGGAGAUACAUCACAAGGAAAAAUGCUCAGUGUAGGAAAUGUGGGAAAGCUUUCAGCUAUAGUGGACUUACUUUACAUCAGAGAAUCCACAUAAAGGAGAGACUGCAUAGAUGUGAUGACUGUGAGGAGGCCUUCAUACAGCACCGAAACCUUAUAGAACCUUACAUGGAGGAAACAGGAAUGCCUUCACCCACAAGUCAGGACCAACUGUGCACCAGAGAGUCUAUGCAGGAGAAAAAUCAUAUAAAUGUGAUGAAUGUGGAAAUGUUUUGCAUGGAACCAUCAGCUUUAUUCAUCAUUGAAGAAUUCACACUACAAGGAAACCCAGACAGUGUGAAGAGUAUGGAAGUCUUCAAACAGUGGUUGGACCUUGGUUAACAUCAGUGAAUCCAUACCCCAGAAGUUCUUAUAAAUGAGAGGAUCAUGGGAUGUUGCAUGGACAGAGACCAAGUCUCAACAACAGAAUCUCCACAUUAUUGGAAAAUUAAAUUAAUGUAAAAAGGCAAGUUGUAUGGGGAAUGGGUAUUCUUAAUUGCCCAAUUUAGCCAGUAAAAACAUUCAAUGAAUGUCUCAGGUCAAGAAAAGAAAAUGUCAGCCAUUCUUUUUUGCAUUCUAGAGGAAUCUAUAGAUGUAAGCAACCAGAACUUUUGAAAUAAGGUGCUCAUCUGCAUCCCAGGAUCUGUGUUACUGUCUUCUUGAUGACUGUGUGUACAUGUUUCUGCCAGGCCUGCUGUAAUCUCAUAUUUUAAUUCAUUCAACAACAGUAGAUAUUGUCUACUGUUAUAUUUUAUUUUUUUUAUGAGCUAAAUAGGCUUAUGUCUGUACCCCAGGACACAAAAAUUACAUUUAUAAAGUUGGACACUUUCCUAAAUUUGAGAUUGCUUCUGUGUUCUCCAGCAUAAGACCAUGUCAGUGUCCCUUAGAGAAUAUGUAUAUUCUACCUUGGGUUUGAUUGUUUAAGAUAGUGAAAGAUAGGGAUGCCUGGGUGGCUCAGCAGUUGAGUGUCUUCCUUUGGCUCAGGGUGUGAUCCCAGGAUCCAGGAUCAAGUCCCACAUUGGGCUCCUGCAUAAAGCCUGCUUCUCCCUCCGCCUAUGUCUCCUCUCUCUUUGUGUCUCUAUGAAUAAAUAAAUAAAACUCUAAAAAAAAAAAAAAAGAUAGUGAAAGAUAAUUCACAGACAACUUAUUGAAAGAUAAUGAUGGAAAUACUUUCCCUUACAAAUAAUGCAUAAUAUAACGUUGUGAAGGCUAAUACUUUAACUUAUUAUCCUUUUUCAUUUGUAAAACAGGCCAAAAGAGGAAAGCAUCUUUAGAAGCUCUUCAGCAAGUUGUUAAUAUGGCCUAAUCUCUGUGAGAGAGAAUGAGGCUUAUAUAAUUAAUCACUAAAUAUAGGAAACAUAGAUUUUAAAACUUUGCAGUGAUUAUUUUAGAACUCUGAGUGUAUUUGCUGCGCAUUCCUAAAUUUUUUUGAAUAGAUACUACAGAGGGCAUUUGGGUGGCUCAGCCAGUAAAGCAUCCAACUUUUUUUUUUUUUUAAAGAUUUUAUUUAUUCAUGAGAGACCCACAGAGAAAGAGACAGAGACAUAGGCAGAGAAAGAAGCAGGCUCCUCGCAGGGAGCCUGAUGCAGGACUCGAUCGCCUGACCCAGGAUCACACCCUGGGCCAAAGGCAGAGGCUCAACCACUGAGCUACCCAGGCGUCCCAAGCAUCUGACUCUUGAUUUCAGUUCAGGUCAUAAUCUCAGGGUCAUGAGAUUGAGCCCUAUGUUGGGCUCUCUGCUGGUUGUGGAGCAUGUUUACGAUUCUCCUUCGAGGCCCUUGGGUAGCUCAGUCUGUUGGGCAUCUGCCUUUGGCUCAGGUCUUGAUCCCAGAGUCCCAGGUUUGAGCCCCACAAUGGGCUACCUGCUCAGGGGGCAGUCUGCUUCUACCUCUGUCCCUCACCCUACUUGUGCUUUCUCUCAAAUAAAAUCUUUUAUUUUUUUUCAAAGAUUAUUUAUUUACUUAUUUAUUCAUGAGAGAGACAGAGAGAGAGAGAGGCAGAGACACAGGCAGAGGGAGAAGCAGGCUCCUUGCUGGAAGCCCAACGCGGGGCUCGAUCCUGGGACUCCAGGAUCGCGCCCUGGGCCAAAGGCAGGCGCCAAACCACUGAGCCACCCAGGGAUGCCCUAAAUAAAAUCUUUUAAAAUAAGAUUCUCAUCCCUCUGCCCCCCCUCAACAAGUGCUCUCUCUCCCUCUCAAAAAAUAAGUAUUACAGUCAUUUCAUUUUUUCUUAAGAUUUUAUUUAUUUAUUUAUGAGAAACACAGGGAGAGGCAGAGAUGCGGGCCCAGGGAGAAGCAGGCUCCGUGCAAGGAGCCAGAUGUUGGACUCUUCCAGGAUUACGCCCUGGGCCACGGGCAGACACUCAACCACGGAAACACCCAGGUGUCCUCUAUUCCAGUCAUUUUAGAAGAUGGACUGCAUUCAGGGUGCCUGGGUGGCUCAGUCUGCCAACCAUAUGCCUUUGGCUUAGGUCAUGAUCUCGGGGUCCUGGGAUCAAGCCCUUUGUUGGGCUUCCUGCUCAGCAGGGAGUCUGCUUCUCCCUCUACCUCUGCCUCUCUACCCUUCUCCCUCUGCCCCCACCCCCUCCUCAUGCUCUCUUCUUGCUCCCUCGCUCUCAAAUAAAUAAAAUCUUUAAUAAAAAAAAAGAAGACUGCAUUCUGCAAAAGGCCUUUUAGAAAUUAUAUAAAUCACAUUAUUUUUUCUUUAUUAUUAUCUUUUGUUAUGUGAAAGGAUUUUCUAAUAUUGAAUCAAUCUUGCAUUCUUGCAGUAAAUCCUACUUAGUCAUGAUGUAUUCUUAAUAUGUGUGACUUCUAAUAUUUUAUUUAGUACUUUAUUCUUCAAUGUUUAUAUGAAAUUGGCCUGUAAUUUAUUUUUUUUGUACUACAUUUUCCAGGUUUAGGUUUCAACAUUUUAAUUGCAUCAUAAAAGCAAUUCCUUUUUUGUUCAUUUUUAAUACUCUAGGACAAUUUAUAGAGCACUGGAAUUAGCUGGUCUUUGAAGCUUGAAUUCUAAUGUAAAACCAUCUGAGUACUUUUCCUAUGUGAUAGUUCUUUGGUAACUUGUUCUGUUUCUUCUACAAAAAAAUGGUCUAUUUAGGCUAUUUAUAAUGAGAAUCAAUUUUAGUAAUGUAUUACUUUGCCUAGAAAACUAUCCAUUUCAUCUAGAUUUUUAAAUUUAUUUACCUCGAAUCUGCAAUAUAAUCAGUUAUAGUAUUUUUUAAACAGCUUUACUGGAGCGCCUGGGUGGCUCAGUUGUUUAAGGGUCUGCCUUUGGCUGAGGUCAUCAUUUCAUGGUCCUGGGUCUGGCUUCCUGCUCAGUAGGGAGCCUGCUUCUUCUUCUGCCUGUCCUCCCACUUGUGCAGUAUUUCCCAAAUAAACAAAAUCUUAAAAAAAAUAAACAGCUUUACUGAGGAAAAUUGAUGUAUAGUAAACUGCAGAAAUGUACAGUUGAACAUAACUUUUAACAUGUGCACAUCUGUGAAACAAUUACCACAAUCAAUAUAAUGAACAUAUUUAUCACCCAAAAAAGUUAACAUGUGUGCCUUGAUAAUUCCUCCCUCCCUCCCUUCCCUGCAUCCUGCCCUCAUCUCCAAGCAAACUCUGCUCAGCUUUCUGUUGCUAUAAAUUUAGUUUGCAUUUUUUAGAAUUGGAUAUGAAUGUAUAAAACAGUACAUUAACUGUUUUGGUCCAGCUUCUCUUAUUCAGCAUAUUUAUUUUGAGAUUCAUCUGUGUUGUUGCAUAUAUCAACAAUCCUUUCUUUAUACUGUUGAGUAUUCCAUUGUAUGGAUACACCACAGUUUGUACAUUUACCUGUUUUUUUUUUAUUUUUUUAUUUUUUAUUUAUUUAUUUUUUUUUGUACAUUUAUUUACCUGUUGAUAGACAUUUGGGUUAUUCCCAUUUGAGAGCUCUUAAAAAUGAAGUUUUGAAGUAUGAACAUUUGUGUAUAAACAAGUCUUUGUAUAGACAUGUUUUCGUUUCUCUUCAGUAAAUACCUAGGAGUGGGAUGGUUGAAAUUACUUGCUAAGAAUAUUUUUAACUUUUAAAGAAACUCAAAUUGUUUUCUAAUAUUUAUUCUCUUUCACAUUCCUACCAACAUUCUAUGGGCUUUCCUUAACUACACAUUCUUGCUAAUGCUUGGUAAGGUCAGUCUUUGAUUUUAGACAACCUAAUAGAUAUGUACCUUAUUGUAAUUUUAAUUUGUAAUUCUAAGGACUAAUGAUUGAGCAUCUUUUCAUGGGAUUAUCGGUCAUUCCUAUAAAGCCUUUUCUGAAGUAUCUGUUCAAGAUUUUGCCCAUUUUUUUCCUUGGGCUGUUUGUUUUCUAAACUUAUAUAUUCUGGAUACCAGUCCUUUAUCAGUGCAAUGAUGUAUGACUAUUUCUUCCAGUUUAUGGGCUAUCUUCACUCUAAUACUGUGUUUUGAAGAGCAGAAUUUUUAAAUGUUCAUGAAGUACAAUUUAUCUUUUUUUUUAAGACGGGUCAUGUUGGUGAUAUGACUAAGAAAUCUUUGCCUAACCCAAAGUCACACACACACAAAAAAAAUGUAAUUCUUUUUUUUUUAAUUUUUUAUUUAAUUAUGAUAGUCACACACAGAGAGAGAGAGGCAGAGACACAGGCAGAGGGAGAAGCAGGCUCCACGCACCAGGAGCCCGACGUGGGAUUCGAUCCCAGGUCUCCAGGAUCGCGCCCCCGGCCAAAGGCAGGCGCCAAACCGCUGCACCACCCAGGGAUCCCAAAAAUUGUAAUUCUUUUAGGUGCUUCGUAAUUUUUAGUUUUUUCCUCCACUGAUUUGCCUUCAAAUGAUUGCUGAAACGUUGUUCAUAUUCAUGCGAGUCUAUUUCUGGACUUCCUAUUCUGUUCAAAUGAUCUAUUUGUUUACCUUUACACUAAUACCAUUCUCUCUUGAUUACUAAUAUCUUUAUAGUAAUUCUUGAAAUCAGUUGCAUUAGUCCUCCAACCUUUUCAAAGUUGUCUUGGCAAUUGUAGGUCAUUUCCAUUUCCAUAUGAGUUUUGGAAACAGCUUGUCAAUUUCUUCCAAAACAUCUGGGAUUUUACUUUGCAUUGCAUUGGAUCUAUAAAAAAAAAAAUUGGGGAGAAUUGACAUCCUAAGAGUACUGAGUAGUCUAACAUAUGAACAUUGUAUAUUUCUGCAUUUAUUUACAUCGUUUUGAAUUUAUCUUGGCAACAUUCAGUGCAUAGGGUACAUGUAUAAUCAGGUCUUAAUUUGUAGCUUGAAUGAAAAAUCUUUCUUUUUUUUAUAGAUUUUAUUUAUUUGAAAGAGAGAGCAUGAGCAUGAGCAGGGGGAGGGACAGUGGGAGAAGCAGACUCUUCACUGAGCAGAGAGCUUAAUGUGGAGCUCGAUCCCAGGACCCUGAGAUCAUAACCUGAGCCCAAAUCAGACACUUAACUGACUGAGCCAUCCAGAUGCCCCCCCCCAAUCUUUCUUUUAUCAGGGACUUCAUUGGCCCAGCUUCCAUUUCAAUCACUCCUCUAAUAUCUUCCACUUUCUUCUUCUUUCCUUUCGCUUUCAUUCUCUUUGUUUUCCUGCCUUUCCUGCCUCAGUGCUCCUUUUAUUUUUUACAUUUAGGAUUUUCUACCCUAGGUAUCUUUCGAUGUAGUGUUUGUUUUUCAGGUAACUUUCUUCCAUUUCCUUCCAGGUUCAAUCAGCUCUCUUUUCAUUUCCUCCUAGUUUUUUGAUCUAUCUUUGUUUUUAAUUUUUGAGUUUCUUUUUUUUAUUUUUUAAAAGAUUUUAUUUAUUUAUUCAUGAGAGACAGAGAGAGAGAGGCAGAGACACAGGCAGAGGGAGAAGCAGGCUCCAUGCAGGGAGCCCGACGUGGGACUCGAUCCCAGGUCUCCAGGAUCACACCCUGGACUGAAGGCAGCGCUAAACCGUUGAGCCACGCGGGAUGCCCCUUGAGUUUCUGAUUCAAGGUGUUUUUCAUAUCUCUGAUGCUUGUUUGAGAUGUUCAGUUUACUUUGCAGUAUUUGUUUCAUUUUUCUUUUUCUUCAAGGAUUUUUGGGGGAGUGGGCUAGUUGAUUUGUAUUACCUGAGGUGUGUUGGUUCUGAUUUUUUGUUUCCAUGUAGUACCUUUUCCUAUAUUUUUUUCACAUUUUCCCCUGUUCAUAAACUUAGGGUGUGUACUAGAUUCUUUAUUCAGUGGUUCCUUCUGUCAGUGUAACAAAAUCCAGUUUCUUUAGUAGAUGUUUUUAUGCAGACUGUGUGAUUACUGGUUUUGAGAUUUCUUUGUGUGUAUAUAUAUAUAUCUUGCAGGAAUCUUAAAAGUUUCCUCUUUCACUCUUUAUCCCUUUCACUACAAAUUUACCAAAAACUGUUUUUUCUUUACUCCUCUCCCUUUCAAAGUAUGUCUUUUGAAGACUGCCACCCUGAGUUACAUACUCUCUUAAACCCCUUGCUGUGUUCUCAUACCCGGUAUAUUUUCCCCAAUCUUCACACAUAGGAUAGACUCCCUCUUUCUGAUGGUGAUUUUAGAGUAACUUUUAGGGCCACUACUAGCUCCCCUCUUCUCUUUUCUAGGACUUUCUCAGACUGCCCAUUUCUCACCACAGAGCCUUGCCAUGG